AUGUCUCUGGACGAUAUUGGUAUUGAUAUUGCCACGAACGUGUUAACCACGUCCGGCCCGUCUAUUAUGGCAAAAGCAAAGGAAUCCCCGACGCUGCUCAAGUUCGAGCCUGGCUCCAUGGUGUGGAAAGCAUGGCGUUCCCGUUAUAACAAUUAUGUUAAGAUACAGGAACUCACCACAGAGGACGACCCAAAAAGGCUGCUACUGGAUUCAUUAGGAGUGGAAGCACAUGAAAUGUUGUUUGCCAUGUGUCUUCCACAAGAUCCCGCAGAGCUGAAACUGGAUGAAGUCAUCGCCCAUCUCGAGCAUGCAUACGUAAAGAAGACACUGCAGUCAACCGAAUGGGCGAACUUUUUCCUCUUGAAGCAGGAAGUUGGUGAAACCCUUCUUGAUUUUGCCAAUAAGCUGUGGAGGAAGGCUGUGUUGUGUUCUUUUCCGGCAGACGCGUUGGAGGGGAAAAUGCGUGCGGCGUUCCUAAACGGAGUCCAAAAUGAAGCGACGCAGCGCCAUUUACGAACCAAGGAAAUUGAUGUUCUGGCGAAAGCGCUGGAUAUCGCAGAGCAGUAUGAGCUGGCACAGCUGAAGCGGACAGCCACUACUACUGAAAUGGCGAGGAUCGACGGCGGCCAGAAGGGACGUUCGGGGCCACAUCCGAAGGAACGUAACGGUGGUACUCGGCCUGGGCGUGGUGACGGCAACAAUGGCAAGAUGGCUGGCAGCAGCGGCGCAUGCUACGCGUGUGGCGGAAAAGGGCAUGUGAAGGCCGAUUGCUGGGCGAAGGAAGCGACGUGUAGAAAGUGCGGCAAGAAAGGUCACGUCGCAAAGGCGUGCAAGCCUCCGCCGAAGGGCGACAGAGGCGGCGGUAACUGUCGGACGUGGACAGUGCAGGAAGACUUCGACGUCCUGGCUAUCGGUGAAGAAGUGGGUGGAUCGAUUCGGGUACCGAUCACCUUGAAUGAUGCCCGUGUAUCCAUGCUGUUGGAUACGGGAUCAGGUGUGACGAUCAUCACGGCGAGCACGUGGAGACAGAUCUGCUCGCCGAAGUUGAUGCCUUAUGCCACACCGCUACGAAAUUUCACGGGCCAUCCGAUCCGGGUGAUCGGAAGUGCAACGAUGCCGGUGGUAUAUGGACGGACAAGAAAGUCACUGCCCUUCGUCGUCGUAGGCCGUGUGGGUGACGUGCUGGGACGCGACUGGAUCAAAGCAUUAGACCUCAGUCACCUGAGUCUGAAAGAGCUGCAAGUGCCUGCGGUCUCAAAGGUCACCGCCCGAGCAACUGUCCAGAGCAUCCUGGAUCGCCACAGCAGCGUAUUUCGCGAUGAACUUGGGCACUGCAAGGAAUUUAAAGCUCACCUCUACCUAAAAGAAGGCGCGAAGCCGGUCUUUUGUAAACCACGGACGGUCCCGUUCGCAUAUUGGGACGCAGUGGAAAAAGACUUGGACCGCUUGGUUGAAAGAGGGAUAUUCACGCCUGUGGAGCAUGCGGACUGGGCUGCCCCCGUUGUUGGAACGCAGAAACGAGCCGGAGACAUCCGUACGUGCGCCGACCUGAGCACCGGAUUGAAUGACUCGCUCGACGUGCAAACCUAUCCGCUGCCCACUCCGGACGAGCUGUUUGCCAAGUUAAACGGAGGCGAUAAGUUCAGCAGCCUGGAUCUGGCAGAAGCCUAUGCGCAAAUAGAGCUGGACGACGAAAGUAAGGAACUCGUUGUCAUAAACACGCACAAAGGUCUGUUCAGGUACAACCGGUUGCCGUUUGGUGUCGCAAGCGGACCGAGCAUUUUCCAACAGAUCAUUGAGCGCAUACUGCAAGGCUGCGAGGGCGUGGCGGUGUACAUUGACGACAUUAUCGUCACGGGCAAGACCGACGAAGAACACCAGCGGAACUUGGAAGCGGUGUUAGAACGGCUGGAGAAGUACGGACUACGCGUGAAACUGUCGAAGUGCAGAUUCAUGCAGGAAUCGGUCGAGUAUCUGGGUUUUGUGGUGGACCGCCGCGGGCGGCACAUAUCCCAGGAUCGCGCGAAGACACUGGUGGACAUGAAGAUGCCCACCAACGUCAGUGAGUUACGUGCUUACCUGGGCAUGGUAAAUCACUACGCUAAGUUCGUACAGAACCUGUCCGCAAAGUGCGGUCCGUUUCACCGCCUAUUAAAGUCCGGCGCACCAUGGGAAUGGACGACGGAGUGUGCGAAGCAAUUUCAGGCACUCAAGGAAGAAAUUGUCCACGCAACGUUCCUGGUGCAUUUCAAUCCCGCAGUGCCAUUGGUGCUGGCAGCGGAUGCGUCGCAGUAUGGCGUGGGCGCGGUUCUGUGUCAUCGUUUUCCCGACGGAACGGAAAGGGCGAUUGCGCACGCGUCCAAGAGCCUGUCAGCAGCGGAAAAGAAUUACGGGGAGUUUACGCUGUUAACGGAUCACAAGCCGUUACUGAGCGUCUUCGGCAAGCGGAAAGGUGUCCCAGUGGUCACGGCCAAUCGACUUCAGCGGUGGGCGCUGCUGCUCAUGGGAUAUACGUUUUCCAUAGAGUACCGCCGCACCGAGAAGUUUGGUCAAGCGGAUGGCCUCAGCCGACUGCCGCUCCACUCCACACAGCUGGAGAAAUACCCAAACCUGGGGAUGGACAACGUAGUGAGCGCGCUGCAUGUGGAAAGUGCCGAAAACAUACCCGUGUCCGUCGAAGACAUCGCAAGGGAAACGGCUGCCGAUGCGGAGCUCCAGGAAGUACGCCAGUGCAUCGGUCGCGGCUGGCCGGACUCCGUAAGCGAUCAGAUUCGAUCGUAUAAGAAGGUACAGCACGAGCUGAGCGUGCUGAAUGGCUGUGUGUGCUGCGGAUCGCGCACGGUUAUUCCCGCGAAGUAUCGUUCCAGAAUACUAAAGCACCUACACGCAGCACACAUGGGCGCCGGGAAAAUGAAAGGAGAAGCGCGAGGCUACUGUUGGUGGCCAUCCAUGGACAGGGACAUCGAGCAAGUCGCCAAGGACUGCCGAAUAUGCACCGAGCGCGCGGGUGAGACGGCGAAAGUUCCAUUAGCGCAGUGGCCGGUGCCCGAUGCUCCCUGGAAGCGCGUUCACAUGGACUUUGCCGGUCCAUAUCGAGGCACGAUGUUGCUCGUGGUUGUGGAUGCAAUGUCCAAAUGGCCCGAAGUGGUGCAAAUGAAGCACGCAACGACGGAAGGAGUGAUGGAGGCGCUACUCACGAUGUUCAGCCGUUACGGUGUGUGCAAUGAAGUUGUGUCGGACAACGGCACACCAUUCACUUCGCAGCACUUUGUGGAUUUCUGCAGCAAGUAUGGCAUUAAGCACACCAGGACGCCUCCAGGUCACCCGCAGUCAAACGGUCAGGCCGAGCGGUACGUGCAGACCGUUAAAGACGGCGUUGCGAAGUUGAUGGCCGACGGCCAUGCGCUGCCGGAUGCGUUGCGUCAGCUCCUUUUGGUUCCCGUUAUGGCAACCGCGACGGAGCGUAAUCGCGAGCGGUACCGAAAGCAAUUCGAUAAGCGGACGAAACCGAAGGAGUUCCAUAGCAAUCAGUUGGUACUGGUACGCGACUAUCGUUUGAACCGUACAGUCCAUUGGAUCAGCGGGAAGUUAGUCAGACGUUAUGGUACGAAGGUGUGGGACGUGAAGGUUGGCGAUCUGAUGUGGCGCCGACAUGCCAAUCAGAUGCGGCCACGAAGUUGGCUGGAAAUGCACGAAAUGGUAGAAGCGGAAAUUCCACCAUCAGCCAACGCGGAAGCACCACCGCCUGCCAAUGACCUACCGGAAUUGACCAGUGAAGCCUUUCCAAAGUCUACUGCAAACGAUGCAGAGGCUGUUAAAACGGAACCUGAUCAGCCGAAAGCUCAACCCGAUGCGGUGAAGGUUUCACAACCACCGAAACCAGUGGAAGCCAAACCUACUACAGUAAAUAAGCCACAAGCUACGAAGCCUAAGAAGACCAAACCGGAAGCGGUGGAACCACGUCGUACAGCAAGGGCGAACGCAGGAAUUGCUCCCAAGCUGUUAAUACAUGAGCAAUAA